GCAAGAUACUAAUUGAGCUUACUGCUUACUUCCCUUACAUAGCAUAUGGUGUCAUUCUGCAAUGCCCUUAGCAAGCAGGCUCUCAACGUUUUGUGACCAACAGAGAUGCGGCGCAGCACUCGCGGAUCGCGUCAAAAAACGGACACUAUCUCCGAUUGGUCAAUUCCUUCGUAACCAAUGUACCUGUUCUACGUACCCUAAAUCCAUACGUAAGUCCUAGAUACCCUCACCACUAUCUGAGAGAUAUGUCUAUUUAAGCUUUCAAGAUCGUAAGCUCUGUCAGAAGUCAAAAGGUCAGUAUCAUCAUCAUCAAGCUUCUUCACUUCAUUUCAAGUUAUUUCAAGUCCUUCUACAACUACUCUUCCAUCCAACAAACAUGUCUAUCCAGCAGUUCCAGACGACCAAAGUAGGUGGCCCGUUCGCCCUUGUGACGGUGCCCACCCCCAAGCCCGGCUCCGGUGAGGUCUCCAUCCGACCCAAGGCCUUGGCACUCAACGGCAUUGACUGGAAGAAUCUCAAGUUCGGCGCCGUAGUUCAGUCUUGGCCCGCCGUUCUUGGCGAAGAUGCCGCUGGUAUCAUCGAGGAAGUCGGCGAAGGUGUCACUGCCUACAAGCCCGGUGAUGAAGUCUUCGGCUUCGCGCUAGGUUUCCUUGGCAAGGGUACCUUCCAAGAUGUCUUCGUCACGACACAAGAAUCCGUUGCCAAGAGACCAGCCAACCUAACCCGCGAAGAGGCUGCUUCGCUGCCUACCAUCUUCCUCACUGCCACCGCCACCCUCACUGCAGGUCUUCAAAUACACGUCCCUGGCCUCACCAAGGAGAACAAAUACUCCGCCAGCAACCCGCUACAGUCUAUCCUCAUCCUAGGUGCCGGCUCUGGUGUCGGUUCCGUUGCCAUCCAGCUUCUACGCAUCGCACUACCAUCAGUCAACAUCAUCACGACCAGCUCAGCCCACCACCACGCCCACCUAAAGGCCCUAGGCGCCAACACGACCUUGGACCGAUCCGCUCAAAGCGACAUCGCCGCCAUCAAGGCCGCCACCCCCGGCGGAGCUGGUGUUGACGCCAUCCUCGACCCCGUCGGCGCUGCUGACUACGAGCCCACAGUAUUGGGCGCCAUCAGAGCCGAUGGCCCCAAGCUAUUCUCCAGAGUCGUCACUGGUGCUAACUCGAACGUGCCCGAAGGAUUCACUGGAAAGGCUUGCGGUGCCUACCACGCCGAACCCACUGCCGUCGCCUACAUGGCCGAGCUAGCGGGAUCGGCCAACUUCAAGCUACCUCUUAAGCUUGAGGUUGUUGGCCAGGGCUAUGGUGUCAUAGAGAAGAACUUGGACAGAUUCCCCAACAUCAGCGGUACCAAGCUUAUCGUUAACCUAUAAACGCGGAAGUGUGAUGCGACCGCAGUUCGUUCGGAUGGCCAGGCAUAAAAGGUAGAAAUUAGAAUCUUGUCUAGAAUAAAAUAUGAAGCGCAAUUUUGGUUUAUCAAGUUAAAAUCUUGGUCUCGAGCCUAUCCAUUGAUAUGUGUUUAAUUAAGUCUGUGUGCUCGUGAAAUACAUUGUUGUCCAACGCGUACCUAGGUAGGUAAUUUGAAUCUAGAGUCGGAAAUAAUUUUGAAAAGUGAUAAAGUGAUA